UUUUAUAUAUAUUCAACCUCACAUCAUCACCAUACUCGCUGAUUGAGUUGUGUAACCCUUUAUUCUCCAGCAUUCAUCUACCCUACCAUGGCCGAUCAACUCACCGAUGAUCAGAUCUCCGAAUUCAAGGAGGCCUUCAGCUUGUUCGACAAAGAUGGAGAUGGUUGCAUCACCACCAAGGAACUCGGAACAGUUAUGAGGUCUCUCGGCCAAAACCCAACCGAAGCCGAACUUCAAGACAUGAUCAACGAGGUGGACGCCGAUGGCAACGGGACAAUCGACUUCCCAGAGUUUCUCAACCUGAUGGCUCGCAAGAUGAAAGACACUGAUUCCGAGGAGGAACUCAAGGAAGCCUUUAGGGUUUUCGACAAGGACCAAAACGGUUUCAUUUCUGCAGCCGAGCUCCGCCACGUCAUGACUAACCUUGGUGAGAAGCUGACCGAUGAGGAAGUCGAUGAGAUGAUUCGUGAGGCUGAUGUGGACGGUGACGGCCAGAUCAACUACGAGGAGUUUGUCAAAGUCAUGAUGGCGAAGUGAUGAUGUUUAAUUUGGAAAUUGGGUUUUUUAAAAAAAGAUGAAGAAAAAAGGAAGAUGAAUCUGUUUGUGGGUUUGGUUCAUUUUCCUGUGUUUAGUGUUUGUUUGGGUGCUUUUGGUUUCCACUUUGUUUUCUAUGUAUUUUGGUGAGUAGGUGGGGUUAGUUUCUUCUUCUUCUUUUUCUUAUUGGUUAUGAACCUAGAACAAUUUGGAGUAUUUUACUUCUUUAUUAAUCAAUUGAGUUGUUUUCUGUUA